CUUAUCAGACGGCCGGGCCGCGCCCCCGGACCUUCCUGGUCCGGCCGGUUGGGGCCCCAGGACGGCUCGGCCCCCAGCCACCAGAUCCGCCGCGGUCCGGCCUUCCCCGUCACCGGGGGCGAGGGGGACGGGGCCGAAGCGAGGAUGGGGGGCUCCGAGUCGCGGCCGGCGGCCGUGAGCUGCCUCUUGGACCUGGAGCGCAACCCGCUGCCCGACGAGCUGCUGCUGCUGGUCCUCAGCUUCGUGCCCGGCCGGGCCCUGGUGCGGCGCUGCCGGCCCGUGUGCCGCCGCUGGCGCCGGUUGGUGGACGGCCCGUCCCUGUGGCGGCUGCGCUGCGAGCGGGAGGGGGCCCGGGGCCGGGCCCUGCUGGACGCCCUGCACGGCUGGGCUCCCGCCCACCUGCCCUGGAGCCGCCUGUGCGUCCUGAGACCCCUCGGCCGCAACUUGCUCCGAAAUCCCUGUGGGGCAGAGGGACUUCGGGGCUGGGAGGUGAUGCACGGCGGCAACGGAUGGACGGUGGAGAAGAAUCGGAAACCAGUGGAGGGGGCCGACGCCCAGACCUGCUUCGUGUCCUCCUUCAGCUGGUGUCAGAAGCAGCAGAUGGUGGACCUGCUCCGGGAGGGGCUGUGGGCGGAGCUGCUGGAUGACCCCCGCGCCGAAAUCCACGUCUCCGAUUGGUGGGGGGCCCGGGAGGACUGUGGCUGUGAAUACGCCCUGACGGUGCAGCUGCUGGCGGCCGACCGGCGGACGGAGCUGGCCCGGUUCAGCGUGCGGCCGGACCCCGUCCCCCAGUGGAACGACGGCACCUACCAGCAGGUCUCCCACGUCUUCAGGGGCUUCGGCCGCGGCGUCCGCUUCGUCGUGUUCCGGCACCAGGGCAAGGACACCCUGUUCUGGAAGGGGCACUACGGGGCGCGGAUUACCCACUCCGGCCUGGAGGUCCGGGUGGGGCCGCCCACCAGUGAGGACCCCUAAGGCGCCAGGAUGGCGGCGCCGACCGGUCCGACCUCUGGGCCCAAGGGGGGCCUAGCGGACAGAGCACGGGUUUAGGAGUCGGAAGGUCAUGGGUUCUAAUUACGCUCUGCCACCUGUGCCACAUCUGGAAAACGAAGCGCG